GGAUUAUUCUCAGCCACUCAAACGGAUGAACUUGAAGCCCUUGUUAGAGCUGGCUUGCGCAAUCCUGUCCGUAUCACUGUCCAAGAGAAAAAUAACACAAAGAAGGUUGGUUGUUCAAGUUUGAUUGACAUAUUACAUUCAGAAUUCUUGAUUAAGUUCAGUAAUUUUUGGCCAAUGAUGACCCAAAUCCAACUCAUAUUACCUCAUGAUGAUAAUGGAAACACGAGCUAUGUAACUCUGAGGCCAUUUAUAAUAAAUCAUUGAAACAAAUAAACCUGGUAAAACACCUUGCACAAAUACUCGACACAGAGAACCAACCAAAUAAUUAACUCAAUUGCAACUUUUAUCUCUAAACUGUUCUAAGGUCAACCAAAGAACUCCUGUAUCGCUGGAAAAUUACUACUUGGUAUGUGUAUAAAGACUUAGACCUGUCCAACUUUGCCAAUUUACCUGGUUUUCGAGAGAUUCUUAUCUUAGAUUUAUGCCCUGUGUAUAUAGGUUGUCUCGCCAGAGGAAAAAAUGUCACGCCUCGUUUCAAUCCUGAGAAAAAACAAGGUACUUCUGAAAUUUGAGAAUAUAUUCAAAGGACAUUGGAACUAAAAAAUUAGUGUGUCUCAUUUGAAAGAGCGUUUAAAAUUAUGUAUCAAAUUUUGUUGCAGAUUUUUCAUAUCAUAUGCUAUAUACACCUAUAGACGAUUUCAGCUACACCUAUAGACAAAAUUUUGAUAAGGGCAAGAAGAACGAAACCAUUAACAUAGACUAACAGAUAGCUGGAAAGAGCAUCUUAAAAUGAGUAAGAUUGUAAAGUUUGGUUGCGAAUUGUUGUAAAGUGAGGAAAAUAUAGCCCUGCGAAGUUCGCAAAUUUUAUAUAUAUAUUUGCAUUGCGCAGGAAAAAUGACCAUUUUUGAGCCCAAAGUGGUUAUUUUUACCGCGCGUAAUACAAAUAUAUACAAAAUUUGCGAACUUCACAGGGCUAUAUUUUCAUCAUUUUACAACAUUUAGCAACCAAUCUCUGCAGUUUUACUCAUUCUAAGACGCUCUUUCUAGCUGUGGUGUUGGAUUUCAUUCUUCUUGCCUUGAUCAAAAUUUAGUCUAUAUACCUGGAAUCAUCCAUUGUAACUAUUGGAAUAUUUUGAGUGAAAGCAAUGAGCUUUUUUCUGUAUUUAGGAAAAGAAGCUUAUUAUCUUCUUCAGCACAUGCGCCUGUGUUGACUAUCUCGCCGUGUUUUUGAAAUU